GGCAGGCGUAUCCCGUAGUGUACACUCUGGGCUGUAGACGAUUGGAGGGCAUCAUUGGCAGCAGCAGACUGGCUCCAGGCUCUGCAUGUUUUUUGUGAGGCAUUUGCCCUGCCUGCCCUGGGGGGGAGCCAUAUCUGCCAAAUCUGCCAGUUCACCCGACUCGACCUCGAUCCUCAAACUCCCUUUUCUCCAGUUCGAAUAUUUUUCCUCCCUCACCCUUCGGCCGCCGCUCCUUCAAUCCCUCUCCGCUCUUGUCCUUGGUCAUUGGCAAACCAGUCCUUCAAAAUGCUCUCCAGAAACUCCAUGCGCCUUGCUCGGGCCGUUGCCCAGCCCACCCCCCGCCUCGCCCGCGGCUUCGCCAGCGUCCAGGACACUCCUGCGCAGACCCUCCAGUCCGACAUCUUCAAGCCCACCAAGUACGGCGGCAAGUACACCGUCACCCUCAUCCCCGGUGACGGUAUCGGUGCCGAGGUUGCCGAGUCCGUCAAGACCGUCUUCAAGGCCGACAAUGUCCCCAUUACCUGGGAGCAGAUCGAGGUUUCGGGUGUCCAGGACAACGCCAGCCGCACCGAGGAGGCUUUCCAGCAGGCCGUUGCCUCUCUGAGGAGGAACAAGCUCGGUCUCAAGGGUAUCCUCCACACCCCCAUCAGCCGCUCCGGCCACCAGAGCUUCAACGUCGCCAUGCGCCAGGAGCUCGACAUCUACGCCUCCAUCUCGCUCGUCAAGAACCUCCCCGGCCUCCAAACCCGCCACAAGGACGUCGAUCUCUGCAUCAUCCGUGAGAACACCGAGGGUGAGUACUCCGGUCUCGAGCACCAGUCUGUCGAUGGCGUCGUCGAGUCCCUCAAGAUCAUCACCCGCGCCAAGUCCGAGCGCAUCACCAAGUUCGCCUUCCAGUUCGCCCUUGCCAACCAGCGCAAGAAGGUUACCUGCAUUCACAAGGCCAACAUCAUGAAGCUUGCCGAUGGUCUCUUCCGCGGCACCUUCAACCGCCUCGCCAAGGACUUCCCUCAGCUCGAGUGCAACGACAUGAUCGUCGAUAACGCCUCCAUGCAGUGCGUCAGCAAGCCCCAGCAGUUCGACGUUAUGGUCAUGCCCAACCUUUACGGUGGCAUUCUCUCCAACAUCGCCGCUGCCCUUGUCGGUGGCCCCGGUGUCGUCCCCGGCUGCAACAUGGGCCGUGACGUCGCCGUCUUUGAGCCCGGCUGCCGUCACGUCGGUCUUGAUAUUCAGGGCAAGGACCAGGCCAACCCUACCGCUCUCCUUCUCAGCGGUACCAUGCUCCUCCGCCACCUCGGUCUUGAUGACCACGCCAACCGCAUCUCCAACGCCGUCUACGACGUCAUUGCUCAGGGCAAGGUCCGCACCCGCGAUAUGGGCGGCGAGGCCUCCACCCACGAGUUCACUCGCGCCAUCCUCGACUCCAUGGAGAAGUCUCUCUAAAGAUACCCCGCAACGUAGGACAAGCCUUGGCCUGAAUAGAAAAAGACCAUGGGUUUAAUCCGACUGCAUCUGCGCUCAUUUCCAUCUUUCGCCUUUAAUUUACACUGUAUAACGGCCCAGCCGCCGCCGGCUGGUUGGAGAUACCACGACGGAGGUGAUUACUUGUUCUUGACCUGGACGAGUAGAUUGGGAGAGAAGGGAGCAUUCGCCGUCUCCUAUUAUCCCUUGUAUUGUACGUAGAGUUGGCUAUACGAAUUCCAUUUCAUUUGUCUGCUAUAUACCGGCGAUCUUGGGGCGGGAGACAAGUCGUGCAAUUUCCGAGCAAUCCGAAGCAUUUACACAGAAUAUAGGAGUUUUGGGUCUUAUAGGGGGCUUUCCUCAUGGCGCCUAGGUUGUUGAUCUUGAAUCGUGUUCAGCUCCAUCAAGCUCUACCGAGCGGUCCGCUUUGUCUCUUCCGUAUCUCCAUCGCCUGCCUGUACGGGGGUUAAGCUUUAUCAGUGGGGGGUCUUGACUAAGGCCUAUCGGUGGAAAUGACUGAUAUUCUCACUCAAACAGGAACCGCGUCAGGUACGCUACCGAUACCUAGUUAAACAGGUCUUUUUAGCGCCCGGUGUCCACCAUGGUCGGCAUGCAGCUGAUGCCAAGGGAAAUAGGGCUCCCGGCUCCCAUGUUCCGACGCUGAAGCAUCCCCACGGAUCGGGACUACUUGUCUAGGCUUUGGAUGACCACCACAUUACGACGACCUUGUAAGGUAUAGGUCAAGAGCAUUGCCAACGGCAGGUAACAACAUCCCCAGAUCACCAACACAAUGUAGAGGAAGAGAAAAGGGGGCUGGCUGUCAGGCAAGCACGUCAAACACGGACCGUCGGUAUGAGCCAAUCAAUGGCUACGUGCCUUGGGAUAUGCCAUGGAUGGAUGGAUUCAAUGGAAGUGGUUCUUCCAUCCUCUUAAUCACCUGAGUGUCUAGUUUAGUCAAGACAUACAAAAACCAACGACUUUAUGCAUUCCAGUCAUUUGUUGCCAAAGCCCUGCUGUCCGUUGAAGGACUUAACGAAUGGAGACAUCAAUACGGACAGAUGUAGGU